AUGUCCGAAAGCGUCGCAAGUCCACGUAUCAUCGGACCCAGCGCACCACAAUCCCGCCGAACCAGCAUCACACAAUCCAACGGCGCUCACAUGUGCGAAUGUUGUCCGAAGAAACCCAAAAAGUUUGACACACUAGAAGACCUCAGACUCCACGAAUCCGAAAAACAAUACACCUGCGCCUACUGCCCCAACCGCUUCAAAAACAAAAACGAAGCCGAACGCCACCAAAACUCCCUCCACCUCCGUCGCCACUCCUGGUCCUGCGCGGCUUUGACCUCCGCCCACCGCGCCUUCCACCCCUCCACAGCAUCCACCACCUCCCCCUCCUCCAGCGGCCCGAGUGGAUCCGACAUCUGCGGCUACUGCGGCGACGAAUUCCCCAACCCUCCCAAUUGGGAUGCUCGCACGGAACAUUUGAAUGCAGUGCAUAAAUUCGGAGAAUGUAAUUUGGGGAAAAAGUUCUUUCGAGCGGAUCAUUUUCGUCAGCAUUUGAAACAUUCGCAUCAGGGGACGAGUGGGAAGUGGACGAAUCUUUUGGAGGUGGCGUGUAUGAAGGAUGAGCCGAUGCCGGAGAAGAGGAGUGUUGGGCAAGGGGCGGAGAGGUUGGGGGAGGGGAGGGGAUUGCAGCUGGGGCAGGCGGAGUCGGCGACGUGA